AUGUCGGGUCUCUACAGAGCGAUGAAGCCUCGCCGUUUGGUUGUCGCCGCAGCGGUUGUCCUUAUUUUCCUCGUGGUUCGAUACAAGCUCAUUGGGCCGAGUCUUGACCCGCUUGAAAGACAGGAGGCGAAAGAGAAAACAAACGGAGCGACCGCAGUGGCGGCCGAAGAGGAGUCAGAACUGCCUCCUCGGCCCUCGAAGGUGGUAGUACUGUGGACAAGCUGGAGGAGCGGCUCGACCUUCAUCGGGCAGCUUCUCACACGCGCCUCAAACAGCACGUUCUACAGCUACGAGCCCCUGCACAUGCACGGCGUUCAAGUCCUGGACGUGGACGACGCUACGACGCAGUCAGCCCUGGCUUUCCUGAAGGAUCUGCUCCUAUGUCGCCUUCGCCGUUGGCAGCGGGAGGUGGCCUACCUGGGCAGCCUUGGGAAAUAUCGAAGUCAAAACACGUUCCUGUGGAAGAGAUGCCCGAGACACCGUCAGCAGUGGAGGCUGUGUCGAAACGCGUCUUUUGUGAGCGAAAUCUGUAGGUCGGCGAGCCUCCACGUAGCUAAGGUGCUUCGUCUGAGCCUCCGCUGGGCGCGACCGCUUCUGGCUGACCGUGACCUUGACGUCCGGGUCCUGUACAUGGUCCGCGACUCCCGCGCAGUUUUAAGUUCUCGGGCAGCCAAGUCCUGGUGCAGAUCCCCUUCGUGCCGAGAUCCGCAGACGGUGUGUCCUCUCCUGGCAGCGGAUCUUCGGGAGGCUGACGCCUUGGCAGCUGAAUAUCCUCACAGGUUUAAAUUACUUAUCUACGAUAAGAUAUGCCAGCAGAUGUCAACGGUCCUCGAGGACACCAUGGCCUUCUUGGGCCUCCCGACGACGGCGGAACAGAAGCACCUCUUGAAAUACGACCAAGCAUAUUUCAGAAAGGCAUCCAUCGAGAAAAACAGCUCCCUGCAAGCACAGCUGUGGCGGAGAACGGUCUCUUUCCCAGGCAUUGUAGUGCCCACUCAGCAGCACUGCCGGACGUCGCUGGAGAAGCUGGGUUUAAGGAUAUUCUCAAAGGAGGAGGACUUGCGGAACCUCAACGUGUCAACGAUGGUCCGAACCCCUUCUCUUCUCUGA